AAGCAGCGGUGGCAGGAACCGCAGUCAGUCAGAGCUGUGAAUACUGAGCAGGCUACAGCAGAAACCUCUGCCUUGGAGUUUAACUUUCAGAAAACACAGCAUACGAUUCUAAUCCUAAAAAACUUUGCAUCACUCUUCAGAAUUUUUGUGGAUUUUCUUGUUGUUUGAUGUGGAUUUAAGAUGGAGAAUUAAGAUGGUGAGAAAGAAAAAACUACUGGUGUUUGAAAUUUGUGGAAGCAUGAUGUGGGAUGGAUAAACAACGACCAAACUCUGCUAUGGCCUCUAAUGACCCUGAGCUUUCAGAACCCUCUGGUGACCCUCAACCUGGUGACCUCAUUGAAAUCUUCAGACCAGCCUAUCAGCACUGGGCUCUCUACCUGGGAGAUGGUUACAUUAUCAACUUAACUCCUGUCGAUGAGAGUCAGGCAGCAGCCAUGUCCAGCGUCAAGUCUGUAUUUAGCAGGAAGGCUGUGGUGCGCAUGCAGCUGCUGAAGGAGGUGGUUGGAAACGAUUCGUAUCGAGUCAACAACAAGUACGAUGACAACCACACGCCUCUGCCUGUCUACGAGAUCAUCCAGCGAGCUCAAGUCCUCAUCGACCAGGAGGUGUCCUAUGACCUGCUUGGGAGCAACUGUGAACACUUUGUCACCCUACUGCGCUACGGGGAGGGGGUUUCGGAGCAGGCUUCAAGGGCCAUUGGGGCCAUCAGUCUGGUGACGGCAGCAGCCAGUGCCUUCUCUGUCCUGGGACUGAUCAACACACGGUCCAGGAAUAGGCCUUUUUAAAAAUUUGAUCUACACUAUAGGCUGCUGUUCCCUAAUGCUCAUGCAACUCAAAUUAAAGAAUA